AUGGAUGAUUUGCUCACCGGUUCGGAUUCACUCCAAGAGCUAUCAUCGCUUCAAAGGGAUGUUUCUCUCGUGCUCUCUCAGAGCGGAUUCGAGCCCCGAAAGUGGGCAACGAAUUGCCAACCGUUAAGAGAUCAAAUACAGCAUGCGUCGAAGCAAAUAUCUCAUCUGCUGGCUGAAGCAAAUGAUAUCCGCACUCUGGGCUGUAUCUGGCAUACAGCCAACGACUCUCUCUCGAUCGCAUUUAAUCUGGACGAGCUGCCGAAAAAGCUAACAAAACGCGUGUGCCUCUCCGACUCGAGCAAAAUAUUCGACCCGCUGGGACUAAUUUCUCCUUGUACGAUUGGUUCUAAAAUAUGGCUGGAGAAGGUUUGGCGCUCGAAUGUGGACUGGGACGAGUUGGUACCACCUGGCAUAUCUAUCGAAUGGUUGACUCACAGACGGGAGCUAGCUGAACUUUCGUCGCUUAAACUAUGUCGCUGGAUUGGCACUAGUUCCAUUGCAGAUGCUGAGUUCCACAUCUUCACAGAUGCUUCGGAAGCUGCUUAUGCGGCCGCUGUUUACUGUCGAACACUAACUUCCGUCGACGAUGUCAGUGUUGUGUUGAUUGCUGCGAAACCAAGGGUCGCUCCUUUGAAAACUACAUCGCUGCCGCGAUUGGAACUAUGUGCAGCACAUCUGGGUGCGAAGCUAGUUCGGCAGGUGGAAUCAAGCUUUGGCUGCAGGCUCGAAAGGUUGUAUGAGUGGACCGACUCAAUGGUAACUUUAGCGUGA